UUUCUAUUCAAUUGUAGCUUAUUCUCUGAUGCCUUGAUUUCAGCACAUGGUCAUUUGUGAGGCAAACACCUGACUAAUAAGAUCAUAUUUGUCUGUUGAUUCAGAUAUGACGUUGGAGCAGAAACCUAUAAUUCAUCCAGAUUAUGAUGUCUUUAAGAAGAAGGACAAAGGGGUUUCAGAGUUUUAUGACUACGAUUUGGCACUCUUGAAGUUGAGUAGUGAUGUCCAAAGGUCUAAAUAUAUCAGGCCCAUCUGUAUUCCUUGUACUAUAUCCUCCAUCCGUGCGUCAGGUCUCCAUACAUCAACAACCUGUAAGGCGCAAGAGGAAUUCCUAUUGAAUCAGAAUUCUGUACCUGCCAGAUUCAUGUCUGAGUGGAAGGGUCAGAUGUACGAGAAGGAUGUUCAAAUCAAAUUGAAAGAAAAGAGGGAGAGCUGUAUUAAGGAUGCAGAGGAAGCUGAGGGCAUUACAAACUACAAGGAGGCUGUGACUAAGAACUUCCUGUGUACAGGAGGGACAGAAGACAAAGUUGAGGACAUUGCCUGCAAAGGUGACUCUGGUGGCGCCCUGUAUCUGAAAAAUCAAAAACGUCGGAUUCAGGUGGGUGUAAUCAGCUGGGGAGUUAAGGACGACCUGUGUAUGGGUAAUAUCCCAAAGCCUCUUUCAACUGCAACUACUAGAGAUUACCACAUUAACCUAUUCCGAAUGCAGAAGUUCCUCAAGGAGCACCUGGGAGAAAAAAAAAUUGAAACUAAUUAUGAGCCUUUAAAAUUUGUUGACUGAUAAUCAUAUGUGUAACUUGCAUACAUACUUGCUAAAUACAGUAGGCCUAUAUCAACAAUUCAAAUAAAAUGUAGAAGUUGUGCCCAUGCAGAAGUUGUGAAGAGUAGUUCGUUAUUUUCAGUCAAUGUGAUUUUGUUUGUAUGUUUAUUGUAGGAAUAUGAAAUUAAUGUCUGCAACGGUUUAGAUUUUUACUACAAAUGAACAUGAUUUGGUUUAGUUCAAAUGUGUGUUUGUUGACAGUUCAGUCAAAUAUCUAAUGAAAAUCUGCCGUCUUUGACCUGUUGUGUAGUUGGUUAUGCAUCAAAACACAAUGAUUGUCUUUGGACUUUACUUUGGUCAAGACCCAAAAGAUAGUUUUACGGUAAGGGGCAUGUCCUGGUUAAUUUUCAACCCAGUUCCGAGAAAUUAUUUUGAAUUUUGCCAGUGGAGAUGACAGUUGUGACUGAUGUUUUGUGUGUCAUUGUUAGAUUACAGUGGCUUUUGGGCAAGGCAUUUUUAAAAAAUCCAAUCCCUUUUUUAUUUCAAUCUAUGUGUGUACAUCUUCUUAUUCUAAAUCAGGGAUGGGCAACUUUGAUGGGGGUGGGGGCCACAUAUCCGGCACUCAUCAUGAGGAGCCACAGUGGUUCGUGGGUUUGCAUACCCACAUCCAUACCCCCCCCCCCCCCUCCACCUUGUGAAAAAAAAACAUUUUAGCAGCCCCUCCAAUCAAAUCAAAUCAAAUUUUAUUGGUCACAUUCACGUGUUUAGUAGAUGUUAUUUGGAGGCCCUGCAGUUGUGGGCAGUGCAGUUGCCGUACCAGGAAGCGAUGCAGCACAACAGGAUGCUCUCAAUUGUUCAUCUGUAAAAGUUUGAGGGUUUUAGGUGACAAGUCAAAUUUCUUCAGCCUCCUGUCUGUGUGGGUGGACCAUUUCAGUUUGUCAUUUAGUUCAGUUACCUUGCGUUCUUGGUUAAUGACAGGGAUGAGAAACAUUUUCCGUUUUAAAGUUAAUUUCCAACUCUGCACACUUGGCCAUGGGGCAUAGAGAGUUUUUCCAUUUUAAAGCAAGUUUUCUGCAAUUCUACACAUUUUGCCAUGCGGUGGAGAGUUAAAUGUGUAGUUUUACAGCUAAUUUCCUGCAAUUCUACACAUUUUGCCAUAGGUUGGAGGCAAAUGUUUGCAGUUUUUAAUAUGAUAACUGAUUAUCAAUGGGUCCCACCCCUGUCGGUAAUUCUGCCAUGCUUACUACAAGUUUAGAUAGCUGGCCGCAAGACUAAUUUACCAAUCUAAAAAUGUUUUGCUGACAUGGGCUAAAUGAGUGACUGCUGAUGCACAACCGAAUUUCGAAAUUGCACCUUGUGUAUUCUAUUAUUAUUGAAUAAAAUUAAAUGUGUCAAA